CUCCUCCUCAUCUCCCAAUCCCAAAGUCUGCAGAAGAGUUGAAGAGCACGUGGAAGCCGGAUGAGAAGCAGCAACAGCACAACUGUCAGCAGAACUGGUUUUCCUCUUCUUGCGUUUAGAGAAAUCUAGCUGGUAUCUCUCAGAGCAGAAGCAGCAAGCUGGUUUAAAACAGGAUCCUGCACUCCAGCAGUCAGUUUUUCCUCUGUUCUCAGCUUUGUGCCAGGCCCCGUGUCUCUCCUGUACUGGAGCUCAGCGAUGAGGAAAGGGGCGUAAAGGUUUCCAAAUGUCAAAUCCUUUUAUAUAUGAUACUGGGAAAAGAUCUCCAUAUGGGUGUCUUGGACAUGAAGUACAAAUUGAGCACAUCAAGGCAUAUGUUUGCAGACCAUCUUUUUUCACAGAUAAAGCUGUGAUUGUGAUUCAUGAUGUAUUUGGAUGGCAGUUCCCAGACAUUAGAUACAUAGUCGAUUUGAUUGCAGGUCAUGGAUACAUAACCAUUUGUCCAGACUUCUUCAAGGGAACAGAACCAUGGAAAUCUACUGACCACUGGGCUGACUUUGCUGACUGGAUGAAAGAGCAUGAUCCUAUGAAAGUAGACAAGGAAACUGAUGUUACCUUGAAGUAUCUACAGGAACAAUGUGGUGCAAAGAAGAUUGGUAUCGCUGGGUUUUCUUGGGGUGGAAUGGCAGCACAUCACUUGAUGCUGAAAAAUCCUCAAUUAGCCGCUGGGGUAUCCCUCUAUGGAAUAAUUAGGGACUCCGAAGAAAGAUAUGAUUUAUUAAAUCCCACAUUUUUCAUUUUUGGUGAGAAAGACCACACUAUUUCUUAUGAUCAGAUCACCUUACUGGAGGACAAGUUGAAACAGUACUGCAAAGUUGCAUAUAAAAUUAAAGUGUAUCCUGGACAAGUUCAUGGGUUUGCACAGCUGAAGCCAGAAGAUAUGAAACCUGAAGACAAACCUUACAUUGAAGAAGCCAGAAAGGAUAUGAUUGAUUGGAUUAAACAAUUUAUUUGACAAAGGCAUAAAGUAAAACUAAGCUUCAAGAUCAGUAUUUGAUUUAAUUAAUUUUUAGAGAAGAAAAUGUUCAAGAGAAAAUUAUCUGGUUUUGAAAAUUGUCAAAAAGAAAAAUAGGAACAUUUUAAUUUAUAGUUCUUAAUUAUUUUUUUACAAAAUUUACACAAGAUUGUGAAACCAAAGUUGGACUAAAGGACGAUUCAGAAUUAAAAGUCGAUUGUAUUUA